AUGCUGUCCCUGCUCAAGGACGCCCAAGCGUCCCGCUCCGAAAUCUCCAGCUUUACAUGGGACGACCUCGAUGCCAUGAUCCAGGAGACCGCCGCCGAUUCGACCAUGCAACUGUCAAGUGCCGCUGCGGGCGACGCCGACGUUGCCCCAAAGCUGACGCCCACCGAGUUGGUGCCAUCUGAGUACCACGAGUUCCUGGAUGUGUUCAGCCCAGUCGAAGCAAGCCAGCUGCCCCCGCAUUGA